AUGACGAGUAUGACGAAAGACUAUUACGAGCUGGAUCCUGACGGAGAUGUCACCUUCGUUUUUACCAGGAUUGAUCCAGACACUGUGAAUCAAGCUCCCGGCCCCAAGAAUGCCCCACACGAGUCCACCAAUGCUCAGGUUACUGGUGGCUCAGUCGAAAGGGCCUCGAGUUCGGUUGCUGGUAAAAAAGUCCAGAAAUCUAAGCAGCGUGUCAGCACCUCUCCAGUAUUCAAGAAUAUGUUGCAUGGGCCGUGGAAAGAAGCCCAGGGCCUUCGCCUUGGAGACUCGGAAAUAGAGAUGGACUGGCAGAACGUGGACGCCAUGCUGUUAUUGAUGAACGCUAUUCAUGGGAAUUGGCCUGAUAUUCCUCUCGAUGUGAGUCUUGAGAUGCUAGUGGAGAUGGCUACUCUCGUGGACUAUUACAACUGCCGGAAGGCUAUCCACCACGCAUUAGAAGUGUGGAUUCGAAAUUUACUGGGUGGACUUGCAAAUGCAUCCUCUGACGACACUGUUCGGUGGAUUUGGAUCUCGUGGGUUCUGCGACCCACUGAUGUAUUCCGCGAUGCAACAUAUCGCGCUGUUACGCAGAGCAAGGGUCCGAUCUCCACCAUUGGUUUGCCCAUUCCUCAGCCCAUUAUAGAUGCGAUCGAAAAGAGACGUGAACAAGGCAUCAAGACUACAUUAAACUCUCUUCGUCGUCUAGUCAUCGAUCUGUGGGAUGGCCGAAAGUCAUGCUCCUUUGAAUGCGACUCAUUCCGACUCGGUGCUCUCAUCAAACAAGUACAUGGGAAGGGCUUCCUACGGGCGACAGAUGAAGGCACUAUCCCUAGUAUUAGUCUCGAUCAACUAAAUAACUUCCUUGUCGACAUAAAGAGCCCAGCAUGGCGCGAGGUUACUGGAAAACGCGUCGCGAUCAUGACCAGCACCCCGAGCAUCCUUGCACCCUACAGUCUCUGA